AUGGGAAGUCUGGUGAACCAUCGGGAAGGGCCUUGCCCCCGAUGCAGCGAGUGCGCAGCGCUAACGGCUCCCUCGGUCCGGCCUAAAGUCGACUGCACUGCGCUGUGUCUACAAGGCUUAACACCUCAUUUUGUGGACCAGUAUGUCCUGUGGGCCAAGCAGAAUGAGCUUGGACUUGGUAACAAGUUCAAUUCAGUUUUGAUGCUAACUACCCAGUUAAUCGCAGACACCACAGGUUUAAAGGCUAAGACUGCCCCCACAUCAGAUGCUCAGCUGCAGAUGAGCAGUGCCCCUGGCUCGCCUUUAUCAUUCUGGACAUCGGGGCUUGAGAAGCAAGGGCGCAACCCGAGUCACCCGGGUCCUCGUGGCUACGCUCCGGGCGUCCGUGCGCCUGACAAGGCCCGCCAGGCCCUCGCCCUGGAGGCCUUUGGAUGCCUGGGCUGGGGCUACACCAGCCGCCUGUGGGAGCAGCUGCGGCAGUUCUGGACCGACCACUGCUCGCGGCGCUUCUCACCGCGACGCCCGCCGCUGCGCCGCAUCUCCUCCAUGUCCACCUUCUACCUGUUGGACCACCAGACGCGCCAGGCGGAGCUGGGCCUCAGCUACGGCUCGCCCCGCACGCGCCUCAGCGACGAGGCCUUCGUGUUCCGCGGCGGACGGUGGAUCGCCGAAGGCCAGCCAGUGUGGUCGCGGCCGCAGCUGCCCUCGCAGACCAUCGCGGGCUGGAAGGCACAGGUGCAACGAGUCAAGAGCCAAGUGCUGCUGGAGGAGAACAACUACCUGAAGCUGCAGCAGGAACUGCUUAUGGACAUGCUGACGGAGACCACAGCCCGAAUGCACCUGCUGGAGAAGAAGCUCGACCACGAGGCAAGCCCGGCUGCCGCGGCGUGUUCCUGGCCGAGGAAGAUGCGCAAGCGCGAAGGCGCGGGCAGCCUGCCCAUGCUCGAGCCGCGGGCUCUGGAGUCGCGGUGACGCAAUAAAACCCGUGCGGCGCAUGCGCACCUCGGUCGUCACCUCAGGCGCGUCGCUCGGGACCUGGCGAGCAUCGCGCACGCUGCGUGCUUUCAGGGAGGAUCACUUCCGGCCUGUGGUGGACGGGGAACUCACCCACAGCCGGUCUCGGGAGAAUGCGAUAGGGCUGUGUAGGAAGAUGUUUGCAGCCCGCUGGGAAAGCGCAAUGGGAGCCAUGCUGGCAACAGGCAGUGUCUAGGGGGCGAGGAUGGCAGGCGGUGAAGCGCAGUGACAGCGAAGGCUUUCUUGGCCUAAGGGACGGAGGACAAAGUCCGGGAGGCGGGGGAAACCCGGGCUCAGGCACGGAGGGUGCAGUUGGGCUGGCGGGUCAAGGACCUUGCACUUGGCCCUUCCCUCCUUGAGGCGCUCCCUGGAGGGGUUUCAGCCUGAGUUCAGGAUAAGACUGUAUU